AUGUCUCAACAGGCCAACAACUCCAUGGGCGCACUCAAGGACAUCGCUGGCAAGCUUCUUGCCAUCGUCCGCACUGCUCGGCAGCUUCCUCCAGGCCCUAGCCACUUUGCUCUGGCAACACAGGCCAGUGAAUUAGCACAGGCAAGAGCAGUCUGGGAUCAUGCACAAUCGGCAUGCAUUCCUGGGCUCGUGUUAUCUUGCUCGAAAGAAUUGAUCUGGAUUUGCGCCCUGUCUCCCCCGGUAGCCCCCAACUGGAGGAGCAUCAAUCAUGACGACCCCCGUCUCGAGCAGCACAGCUGGCGGCCACAGAUCUUGGCCUGGGAAGCUUUGGAGGACCGGUCUUUCGACCUCCCCUGGGAGGUCGAUGGUGUCACCAGCGAGAAUGUACCUGGGCCCUCAACCAGCCAAGAUGCCGAGUCACAGGCCAAGGGGAAGGGGAAGGCGAGGGAAGUGGACCCGGACACAGAGAAGGAGAUGACAAACGAUCAGCAUGAGGCUCCAUGA